UUCCCAUUCCCAUUUCCAUCUUCAUUUUCUUAGUGAUUCAGUAACCUGAUUGCGGAGCAUCGCCCGCAGUACCCGCAAGGUGGUCAAAUGGCCGACGCAUAUCGCCCACUGUACGGCCAAUACCAACAACAAAAGCCACGUACUAGGAAGCUGGUGAAGGCAGCGACUGCCGUCACCGCGGGAGGAACUCUUUUGUUGCUUUCUGGUCUGACUUUGGCGGCGACGGUGAUAGGACUUACGGUGGCGACGCCGGUUUUGGUGAUAUGUAGCCCAGUACUUGUGCCGGCGGCGAUAGCGGUGUUUAUGCUGGUGAGUGGGUUUCUGACUUCGGGUGGGUUGGCGGUGGCUGCGAUUUCGGUGUUGUCAUGGAUAUAUAAGUACGUGACUGGAAAACAACCACCUGGUUCGGACCAGAUUGACUAUGCAAGUUAUAAGCUGGGGGGUAAGGCUAGGGAUAUGAGGGAUAGGAUGGAGCAGUUUGGACACCAGCAGAGUGGUGCUCAAGCUUCUUAUUAAGCUCUGGAUGCAUGGUUGAUGAUGAUGAUAAAUGAUCUGUGGGGCAACUGGGGUCGGAGAUCAUCAAGUGGAGUCUCUGCUUCGAUCAUAGUUUUUUAGCUUUUGUUUUCCUGCAUGGGUUUUUUUAUGGGUGGGUCAUGGAUGUUAUAUGUAUUAGUAGUAUUUCCAUAUGUUUUCUUUGUGGGGUC